AUGCAACGAAAGGUGCAGAAGGUUUUCCUCGAAAUGGGUUCACCAAUCGAAUCACAUGCAGCUGCUGCUCUUACUCCAUAUGCUUUCCAGAAACUCCAAGAUGAGCUUGUGCUAGCUCCACAAUAUGCAUCUUUCCCACUAGAUGAGUACUGUUUCCAAGUGAGGCGUCACACUGAAUUGAAUGGCGGCUGUAAAGUGAUCUCUGAUCCUUGUCAAGAGCACAUCCGCUGCAGCUGCAAUCAGUUUGAUUUCUCCGGGUUUCUCUGCAGGCAUGUACUACGUGUCCUGUCAUCAAGCAACUGUUUUCACAUACCAGAUCAAUACCUGCCAAAUCGAUGGUGUGUUAAUGUUUUGUCUUCAACAGCGCACUCCGAGAGGAUUCAUCAUCAACAGUUGGUGACCUCAGAACUUGUGGCAGAGUCAAGCGAGAUAGAAGAGUGA